CUACUUAGGUAAUACAGUUUGUGCUAACACGAAGUCUACUCACAAAGAAAAUACUCGCCCAAGUUCGCUGUAGACUGUGUAGGUAAAAUAAAUAAAAAUAAUCACAUCAAGUCUAUAAUGGAGCUUGAGAAUCAAGUCGCUUUAGUUACUGGCGCUGCGUCUGGAAUUGGUUAUGCCUACACCAAGUACUUACUUCAGAAUAAUGUGAAGGUGGCACUUUGUGAUAUAAAUAUCAAGCAAUGUCAAUCGGUUGCCGACGAAUUUGCACAAAUAUAUGGACACGUUAGCGUUUUAGCGUUACAAUGUGAUGUCACUAGUGAAGUAGUAUUUGAAAACGCAUUUAUAUCGUGUAUAAACCACUUUAAGAGAUUGGACAUUGUCGUAAAUAACGCGGGCAUGUUUAACGAAACAAUGGAAAAGUGGGCGGCCACGAUGAAUGUCAACUAUGGAGGUGUGGUGAGGGGCACUAUGUUGGCGAUCAAGUAUAUGGGCGCUCCGUACGGCGGCAAGGGAGGAACUGUUGUGCAGACUGCUUCCAUAGCCGCCUUUAUUGGAGUCGCAAACAUAGCCCCAAUGUACAGGUCUACAAAACGGGCCGUCGUAGAAUUCACUAGAGCGAUUGGCGACAAGAAAACAUUCGAGCAUUUGAACGUAAGGAUUAUGGCACUAUGUCCGGGAUACGUGCAAACGCCUUUUAUUGAAGGCGACAGGUCCAGUCUCUACUUGAUUAAAGAAUUUGGUAAAAAAGGAAAAGAAGCUAUUGAAACGUAUCCAGUGCAAAGUUCCGAGAGUGUGGCCAAAGGGUUAAUCGAAAUAUUGAAGCACGGUAGUACCGGCGACUGUUGGAUUGUCGAGAACGAUGAAAAACCGCGACCAGCCAACUUACCCGACAUACCAUACUAAUACAAUAAUAGUUGAAAUGUAUACUUUGUAGACGCGGGGCAAAACUACGGCAGUGCCUACUUCAUAGCAGAGACGUCUUUACAUUUUUAGCGCCCUUCUAUAAGAACAAGUAUGCAUCCUCAGAAUUCAGAUUUAAUAGUUUUUUAAAAAAUGCGUUUGUUUUCAAUAAAUAUUAUAAAUGUUUAACUUUAAGUAAAUUAAGAAAAUAAAAUAAAUAAAAAUAUUUAAUUUUUUGACGUGAA